UAAUUGCACACGACAUAAACACCCAGCACUAGGAUUUAGGGUUUCCUUGUGUCUACCUAAAAAGCCGCCGCCGCCGCCCCCAUACCACGCUGCAAACACCUCCUGCCUCCCUCGCCGCCGCCGUCUCCCACAUCUCCCCAUGGCGUCGGAGAAGAAGCAGUCGAACCCGAUGCGGGAGAUGAAGGUCCAGAAGCUCGUCCUCAACAUCUCCGUCGGCGAGAGUGGCGAUCGCCUCACCCGCGCCGCCAAGGUGCUCGAGCAGCUGAGCGGGCAGUCACCGGUGUUCUCCAAGGCGAGGUACACUGUGAGGUCGUUCGGCAUCAGGCGUAAUGAGAAGAUCGCGUGUUAUGUGACAGUCAGGGGAGAGAAGGCAAUGCAGUUGUUGGAUAGUGGCCUGAAGGUGAAGGAGUAUGAGCUCCUGAGGAGGAACUUCAGUGAGACUGGUUGCUUCGGGUUUGGUAUUCAGGAGCACAUUGAUCUUGGCAUCAAGUAUGACCCAUCUACUGGUAUCUACGGCAUGGACUUCUAUGUUGUUCUUGAGCGUGCUGGAUACCGUGUUGCCCGCCGCCGCAGGUGCAAGUCCCGGGUUGGCAUUCAGCACAGGGUCACCAAGGAGGACGCCAUGAAGUGGUUCCAGGUCAAGUAUGAGGGUAUCAUCCUCAACAAGGCCCAAGCCAACACCUCCUAAGCAUCACGAGAAGAGUUUAGUCCUCUUUAGAAGUUGAGUUAAUUAAGUUCCAUUUGUUUGGUGGAUUUGUAUGAUUUCUAGAAGAAACCAAAUGCCUUAUCGGUUUUGCCUGUUUUGGGGUUGGAUCUUUUUUGGGGCGCUCUGUAGUCAGCCUAAUUCUCACUUCUUUUUUACCCUCAGCAAUAUAUACAUGCCUGGCAUAUUCUGU